UUUCUCAGAAUCAGGAGAGUGUUCUGAGAGAGAUAUUCACAUUUCCCCAGUUUUCCCUCAUUUCUCGUGUCCCUUCCCCAUCCAGCAAGCGUCUAGGACUCUCUCCCCAUGUUUUAUUGAAAGAAACUUCCACUAAUUAUCAUGAAAGCGCCAUCAUCCAGUUCACAAAUCACCAAGGCAUGGGUGGAGUACAUGCUGACUGACUAUGAAUGCAAGAAAACUCCAGAGACCACCAUCACCGUGAAGACAUAUGAAAUUAGAAAUG